AUGAGACCGCCGGGUUUUCAGCCAGCGGCAGCUGCCGCGGCCGACGUUUUGCCAGCUGCUCCUGAUGGACAGCAGGCCGACGAGGGCGAGGAGGAGGCUCGCCCGAGGGUGCUGAAGGCACCUCACGAGCCCUCUCAGAGGGAGAUCGUCGAGCACGAGGCGAUGGGACACGCGACCUACCGCAGCUGGUGUCGCGUGUGUAUUGCGGCAAAGGGCCAAGGCCAGCCGCAUCUCCGCGCACCGGAGGACGACGAGACGGCGGUGCCGGUGGUCUCGUCCGACUACGCCUUCAUGGGCCAGGACGACGCGGACACCAUGCCGAUGCUGGUCCUUAGGGAUCGACGCUCGAAGAUGAUGGCAGCGACAUUCGUGGAGAAGAAGGGCGACGACGCCUACGCCAUCAAGUUCUUCGCACGCUUCUUACGGAUCCUGGGCUACAGGAAGAUCGUCAACAAGUCCGACGGCGAGCCAGCGAUCCUGCUGGUCAAGAGGCGUGCGGUGGAGGAGGUUCCUGGCCUCGAGGCCAUUCCCCAGGAGUCGGCACCGGCCGAUCAUCAGGCCAAUGGGGAGAUCGAGGUCACGGUGCGCGAGAUCAAGAAGCAGGUGCGAGCGCUCAAGAUGGACCUGGAGUCCAAGCUGGGCGUCAAGGUGGAGGACAAGCACCCAGUGCUAGCGCACCUGCCGGAGCACGCCGCAUCGGUGAUCAACCGAUACAGGCGCGGCCAGGACGGCAAGACCGCUCUUCAGCGGCUCACGGGACGGCAGUGGAGGAAGCCGGUCCCGCUCUUCGGUGAGCGCCUGAUGGUGCGGUUCGCCGGGGAGCGCGCGAGGAAGAACGCGCUGGAGGAGCAGAUGGUGGAGGCUCGCUACAUCGGCCACCACCCGCGCGACGGCUCGAUGAUGGUCAUCACGAGCGACGGUGUGAAGAAGGCGGUCGGCUUUCGCAGCCUGCCGCAGGGCGAGAAGUGGAUCACGGCGGGCUGGGACAGCCUGAAGGGCCUGCCGUGGGACGUGGCUCCGCGUGCGGCCAGUGCGCCGCGAGCCAUCGUCGGACCGGGAGAGGCCGGUCCGCCACCGAUUGUGGUGGUGCCGCCGCAGCCGCAGGCGCCGAGGAGGAUGUACGUUCUCAAGGCGGACGUCGAGCGGCUGGGCGCAACGCCGGGAUGCCCAGGGUGCGUCUCGAUCGCCAAGCACGGCAAGGUGCUGGCUGGCCAUGCGCACAACGCGGUGUGCAGCAAGAGAAUCUUCGAAGCGCUGGACGCUGAGGAGGCAGGCCGGGAGAGGACCGGCCAGUACCGAGAGCGGAGGCAGGGCCAAGAGGCCAGAGUCCGACCGGCGGCAGCGGCCGCGGCAGGGACCCCUCCGCCGAAGACGGCUCGGAGGAUCACCGAGCCGGUGGCAGCGGCGGCGUCGGCAUCGGCCGCGCCGGCCGCGAGCCGAUCGGCAGCAGCGCCAGCCGCAGCGGCGCGCAUGCGAGAGGGCCAGCCGGGAGCAUCAGGCUCCGGCGUGGCGGCUCCUUCAGGAGGAGCGAGCUCCAGUUCGGGAGCAGUGAGAGCGGCAGAGGCCGCCGAGGAUGUCGACAUGGCUGCGACCAGGUCGCGGCUGAAGCGCUUGGCGGAGGUGGCCCCGGAUGACGUGCCGGAGGCCCUCGAGCGCGGUGAUCCACAGCCGGCAGACGUGCCGGUACCGGUGGACAUGGAGGAUCUCGCGGCGCAGCCGGCGCCAGCGGAAGGACCUCAGCUGCCAGCUGGAGUGGCAGUCGUGUGGAACGCCAGUGAGGGGAGACACAUGCGGGUGCUCGCUCUCGACGUGGCGUCGAUCGAGCUGGUCGAGCUCGGAGUGCUGACGAGGGCGAAGGCGGAGUUGCUCCCGCUCGUUCGCGAACAGGUCAGCGGCCAUUGGGCCAGCGUCGGCGUGGACAUCGCCGACGAAGAGGUGGACAGCAUCGCCUUAUCGGCGUUGCAGCUGGGCGCCGUGGACGUGGCAGAGGUGCACUCGCCACAUCGGUUCUCGGCUCGGGCGGCGGAGUUUCAGCUGCGCCCGGGCUUCGCGGCGGACCUGGAGGAACUCAAGGAGGACGGGACGCCGUGGGACUUGCGGCGACCCGAGGAUGUCAAGGAGCUCGAGGAGCAGCAGGAGCGGAUGGAUCCCAUCCUGCUCACAGGGUCCCCUCCAUGCGAGAAGUUCAGCUUGCUGAGGGGCCUGAGCGCCAAGUUCAGGACCGAUGAGCAGGAGGCGGCUGAGAUGGAGGAGGCCAGACACCACCUGAAGGUGGCAGUCGACGCCUACUGGCGUCAGCUCAGGAAGCCAGGCAGGUACUUCCUGCAUGAGCAUCCCUGGAGCGCGCGAUCGUGGAAUGAGGACAUCGUCAAGGAGCUGGUCGCGCAUCCAGGAGUCUUCACGGUCAAAGGCCCCAUGUGUCGGUGGGGCAUGAAGCUCACGAACCCACGCAGUGGCCAGGAGGAGUUCGUGCGCAAGGAGACCGGGUGGGUCACCAACCACCCAGGCUUAGCCCGGAGACUGCAGGGCACUUGCAGCAAUGUGGACGGACGCGCGGAGUGGCAUCGCCACAUCACGCUCGUGGGCGGCAUCGCGCGGUUCGCGAAGGUCUAUCCACCGAAGUUGGUGGAGGCGGUGCUGGAGGAGCUCAAGGACACGCUGAAUGACGUGGGGGAGCUCAGCACCGCCCAGGUGCAGCAGUCGGGCCCAGUCCCUGUGGACGCGGCGGUGCCGCCCGGGGACUGGACGAGCUACUGGGACGACGUCAAUGGCGGCUACCUGGAGGCGGGCCUUGUGGCCCAGGCUCGCGCGGUCGAGCGCGAGUGGGUCAAGAAGCAGGAGCUGAUCGAGAUCGAGUCGCUUCGCAAGAAGGGCAGGAAGCCGGGCAACUUCAAGAUCGGCUUCUUCGACAUCAGCAGGGCGCACUUCUACGGGAAGGCGCAGCGGAGGAUCUUCGUGGAGCUGGAGGAGGAGAGUCGCAAGGAGUACGGCGAGGACAAGUGUGGCUUACUCCUCAAGUCCUGGUACGGCACGCAGGACGCCAGCAAGAUCUGGCAGGGCGACUACACGGAGCUGCUGGAGGAACACGGCUACAAGGCGGGCGUGUCAUGCCCAGCGGUCUUCUACAAGGAGGUGGACGAGACGAGGCUGCUGGGGCACGGCGACGACUUCGCGGUGCUGGCUCAGCAGCAGGACAUCGACAGCUUCGAGGCCACGUUGGGCAAGAAGUACGAGUUCAAGAAGACUGCGAACCUCGGCUUCGACGAGGGCGACGACAAGCAGGCGGUCUUCCUGAAUCGGGUCAUCGAAGUCAGUGCGGGAGUUCCGCCUGGCGGUGGCCGGCCCUGCCGGCAUGCGAUGAUUGAGCCGGACAAGCGGCACGCAGAGAUCGUGAUCGACGAGCUGGGUCUCAGCAAGGCCAACGGCGUGGACACGCCGAUGGAGAAGCGCAGCGCCGACAAGCAGAUGAUGGACGCGAAGUCGGCGGCGCUGGGAACGGCGGAAGCUUCGCGCUUCCGAUCCCUCACCAUGAGGGUAGCCUACCUGUCUCAGGACAGGCUGGACUUGGCAGAGGCAUCGAAGACGCUCGCCAGGUCCAUGCAGACGCCGACGGAGGCGAGUUGGCUCAUGCUCAAGAGGGUCGGCCGCUACCUUAAGCGGCAUCCCAGUACGGUGACGGUCUUCACGGAGCAGAAGAUGUUCGACAAGAUCCGAGUGUACGUGGACUCCGAUCACGCGGGCUGCGCAGUCACUCGGAAAAGUACCGGAGGCUUCGUGGCGAUGCUGGGGCAUCACGUCGUCAAGCACGGCAGUAAUCUUCAGUCGACGGUCUCUCUGAGCAGUGGGGAGAGCGAGUACUACGCCCUGGUGAAGGGCGGGAGCGUGGGCCUGGGUCUACACAGCCUCUUCGCAGAUUGGGGGCUGGACCUGAAGGUGGAGCUCGCCUCAGACUCAUCGGCGGCCCGGGGCCACGUCCAACGGCGAGGUCUCGGGAAGAUGCGACAUGUUCAAUCCCGAUACCUGUGGAUCCAGGAGCGCGCGGGCAAGGGCGACCUCUCGAUCGCCGCGGUUCCUGGUAAGAACAAUGUCGCGGACGUGCUGACCAAGAGCGUGGGUGGAUCUCUCUUGAGGAGACACAUGGCGACGCUCAACAUCUGGGAUCGGGCACCGAGUUCGACCCAGAAGGAUAUCAAGUGA